CCUAAUCAAACCUUUGCCUCUCCGUGCGCCGACUCUUCCAUCCACGCGCCAUCUUCAUCGCCGGUUCCCAGGAAAAGCAGGCGGGCGGCGGGGAGAAACCCUAACCCCGUAGCAGAAGAAUCGAGGAGACCAUGUCGUACGACGACGUGGAGAUCGAGGACAUGGAGUGGAACGAGGAGCUCCAGUCGUAUACCUACCCUUGUCCCUGCGGCGACCUCUUCCAGAUCACCAGGGACGACCUCCGCCUCGGCGAGGACAUCGCUCGCUGCCCCAGCUGCUCUCUCUACAUCACCGUCAUCUACAACGCCGAGGACUUCGCCGACACCGCGAGUAAGAAGAACGUGGAGCACUCCAAGCAACAGCCCGUCGCCGUCGCUUGAAUUUCAGGUCGGUUUUCGGAGCAGUUGUGAUUGUAAAAAAAUCAGUUGCUUUUGAGGUCGGUUUUGGGCGGGUUGGAAUUGCUAGGUAUUUGACGAUUGGUUUGGGUUAGUGGAGAUUGAGGUGUAUUGUCAUGGUGCUGUGAUUAUGCGGGAAUGAUGGUAUUGACUGAUUGAUUGAUAUACAACAGGGUUGAUGGAA